AUGCGAAUUGUUGAGCAAGAGCACCAUCCUCCAGAUAACUCGGAAAUUCGAACACUGCAACUGAGCACACGAAAACAAAAAGACAACUGUCUAAGUGAGAGGCUGGAGCAGGUGAAGAACUCUCUGCCGACAAAAGCUGAGCGAGCUGUUCAGUUAGCUACAGAGAAGGGAUCAUCAAAUUGGCUGACCGUCAUUCCCCUAAAAGAGCUGGAUUACAAUCUGAAUAAGGAGGAAUUUAGAGAUGUAAUCAAGUUACGGUACGACUGGGAAAUAACCGACACGCCCAUGAUCUGCGCAUGCGGUGUUCAAUUUAGCGUGGAUCAUGCAAUGGUGUGUCAGCGCGGCGGAUUCAUUAUCCAGGGCCAUAACGAACUGCGCGACUUGCAAGCAGAGCUGCUAAGGAUAGUCUGUAAUGAUGUGGAAGUAGAGCCGUUCCUUCAGGAGGUCACUGGGAAGACAUUAAAUCAUGGCGCUAACAAAGCCCCUCAGAUGCCCCUUUGGAUAUUCAUGCUCGUGAUUUUUGGGAGAGACAGAGAUCUGCAUUCUUCAACGUUCGGGUGUGUCAGCCUAAUGCAGACUCUUGAGAGACUUGACUCCUAA